CUCUACUGAAAGGGUUUUAAAGAAGAGAUAUCUUUGAAAUGUGACGCUAACUUGUCAUACAUGUAUGUGUUUCGAAGCAACGUGAAAAGACAAUAGAAUCACCUUUAGACAAACACACCGCUUUUUUUACGAAGGGUCUAAUUGGAGUUGUUUUCUCGUCAUUUCAAGGAAGGACGUCGGAAAUUUUCGAACUUUAAAAUUCAAAAUGGCGGCUGAUGUGCUUAUUACGUAGACGAUUUCGAAGUUUUAUAUUGAGCUUACUUUUUAUUGUUAUUGAUUUGAAUACUGACAAAAAAACUGGAUAAGAGCAUCUUUAAUAAAAAAAAGAGCUCUUAAACCAUAAGAUUUAUUGACAUUAAGCUAUGGGAGUGCAGGUUUUAUCACCGGAGAGCCACCAUUCUAAACUGCGCUCUCUGCCAAAACUCCCGAAAACUUCGCAUUACUCGGUGAAACCUUUAAACUCUGUGAAACCAUCAAGAGCUCUUCCGUCUGUUCCAAAUUCGAAUAUUUCAAAACUGGAUUCUAACAUAAAACUUGCUAGGGCAUUGCCAAGGGUUCCCAAACAUAUGGAUAAUAAGAAAACAUCAAAUAUGGUUGCUCGUCAGGGGAGAGCACUUCCGGAGGUGCCUUUUAGAGAUAUCAAGGACAAUAUGACGGCAAGUUCCAGUCGGUCGUCUACACCACAUAUGACGCGCAACACGAGCAAUCUGACACAACAAAGUGCGUCACAACACAACGUGGUUAUUCACAACGCAACGCAGCAUCAUCAUAAUACCCAUAAUUCCAAAAAUCAUCAUCAUAAAGGUGAAAAUCAUCACCAUCAUCAUAAAAGUGAAAAUCACCAUCAUAAAGGCGAACAUCAACAUCACCAUCAUCAUUCAAACCAUCAUCCGCACGUGCCACAACAUCAGCACGUGACACAACAUCAACACGGCAAUACAACUCAGAGAACUUUGCCAAAACUACCAAAGUUGCCUCACAAACCAAAACCUGAACAGAACAGAAUAGAAUACAUGCACGACGUAUACAAAAAGGAAGGAGAUAUUUACAGUGAAGACGGAAAUUAUGAACAAGCUUUGAAAAGUUAUAAUUUGGCCCUUAAAUUCAUUUCGGACGAGAAAACAACCAUAAUUGCUAGAUCUCGGGUCUACCGGAAGUUAGGCAAGCUGAGGAAAGCAACACAAGAUGCGGAUCUAGCUCUGAAACUGGACCCACUAUACCAUGAGGGACUGCUCCAGAAAGCAGAGCUAUUGUUAGAACAAGGGGACUACGAGAACGCCUUGAACUACUUCCAGAAGGGGGCAAGAAUGAGACCGGACAAAGAUGACUUCCAUGACGGCAUUGAGAAAGCCAAACAUGGCCUCUCAGAGAACCAUAAAAUUGCCAGGAAGAGGAAAAAUACACUGAGCCCGGAAGAUAUUACAUUGCAGAAAAAGGCUAAAGAAAAAUCAGAGAAGGCAAGAAAGAAUCGCGAUAAUGCAACUGUUCAAUCGCAAAGAUCAAACUCUCGUACAAGCGAUGACGUACAUAACAAUUCAUAUUGCUCCAACGCCUCCACCAAUAGAGAGUCCACAAUUGCAGAAGAGGAACCGCCCACUAUCGUCCCGGUCCCGCCUCCUCAACCACCGCCUGCAACUAUGCGUGCCAAACUUGGACGGCAGAUGACACCAAUGCCAGGCAGAAGGAAGCAAACAGAGCAAAUCCUUCAGCAACAGCAGCAGCAACAACAACAGCCCGCAGCUCCGCCCACAGUUGAUGACGUCAAUGAAGACAUGAUGAAGCAAAUCCUUGGAUCCAUGUAUAAGGACAGAGCAUAUCUGGAGAAAUUUCUCGGAGAGUCGGAGGGUAUAAGUUUGCCCGGAAAGAUGAAUGUUGGAUCAACUGCACAGAAUGGGCUUCAUUUCCUGUACGACCGCGUGUUGAACUGGGUGAGAAAAGGAGAACCAGUCCCGACAACCGGGUCAACAUUAAUGCCAUUGCCCCGGGAAACAAGAACGUCGGCUAGACGUAAGGCAAUGGUGCAUGGCUCUUCAGUGGAAAGUCUUCUUGAAGAGCAAGAUAAAGAAAACGAGACCCGCAAACGUAAACAUAAGAAAAAGGGGCAAUCAAAGGCACCACACACGUGGUAUAAUUUUCUCGAGAACAAAAAGCUCGAGGAAGCGCAGGAGAGAAAGAACGCACGCAAUGUGUUUCUGCAUGUCGUGGAAGGUCGCAAGAUAAAACCAAAGGAGCACUCCAACCUAGACAUGAAGAAGUCCAAUCAUGACCCGGAAAUGUCAAGGAGGGUGAAGGAUGGAAAAUUACGUAGGACAAAAGAUCAUGACAGCAAGGAAUCUCUGAACCAGUCCUUCAUCUUUAAAUCAUACCGCCCUAGUAGUGACCUCCGUAACAGCGACGAAAGUAAAGGAACGGCAAUGGACACUUCUGAACAAGAGAAACCCGUGCAGACAAGAACACCACCAAAGAAACUGAGAAAUUAUGGUAGAGAAAAAGACCGGCUGGAAAGACGUCGGGUAGCCGUGAGCAAAUUUGCUGCCAAAGAAAUGGAAGAUAUUGAGUUGUUGUAUGCUGACGGACAGUAUGACGCAUGCGCAGAAAAAUCAGAACAUGUUCUGAAGAUUCUUGAUGCGGAGGACUGGCCUGAGAAAUAUGUGCACAUGGCAGCAUUACACAGUUACCUUGGCAACGUCAGUAUCGGCAAGAAGAACUAUGUGGGAGGUUUGGAACAUCAUAACAAAGAUCUUGAGAUCGGGGAGAAACACAAAAUAGAUGAUGCAGUUUCCCGCGCACUUGGCAACCUUGGCAGAGUGUAUGUCGUUCAAAAGAAACACCAAGAGGCUCUCGACAUGUUCCUCCGGAAGACUCCUAUGUGUGCGUCCCGUAUAGAGACGGCCUGGUUGUUCCAUGAAAUCGGCAACUGUUUCCUGGCUCUGGGAGACUUUGAAUAUGCAAAAGAUGCCGCGAAAAAGUCCCUGGAGGCUGCGGAAGAGGCUGUGGAGUGGAGUUAUCAGCUACAGUCAUGUGUCCUCAUGGGUGUGGCAGAAGUCAAACUGAAGCAGUAUCAUGCCGCUUUUAACACCUUCGAGAAAGCCCUGGAUCAAGCUAGAUUACAAGGUGACGAGAAAGCGGAAGACGCUAUAAGAGAAGCACUGCAAGAUGUUAAUGACCGUAUUGUCGAAGAAAUGCGCACCAAAGGACCACUGAACUUCCCAGAGUCUCGUUCUGAUAAUUUCAUGACGCCUAUAUCACGUGACAAUACUACCAUAUCAGAAUACCAGUUGCAGGGAUUAUCAAGGUCACGUGCAGAAAUAGCUAGGAUGCAUGCAAAUCUCGGAUACCGCUGCCGGGCAGACUAUGCAAAAACACCUGCAGCCCAAUCGGAAUAUUCUAGCAUACUUAUUCCAGAAGACGAUGGCGAUGUGUCACUUACUGAUACAGUUGGUGAUGUAAAUGACCUUAACCUUGACCUUGAGAGGCUUCGGACGGAGUCCACUCUGUUUGGAUCAUCAAUUGAUCUUCGUGAUCAUAUCAGAUCCGAAACAUUUGUGUCAGGGAAAGGAAAGUGACCUUAAUCGGUGUUUGAUUCAAAGCGACUGUGCCUUAAGAUUUGUUGUCUUUUUGACCAGUUCCUAUAAAGAUAGUUUCGAUGUACACAUUUCGUUUUCGACAAGCUGCAUAGGAAAUGGUCGGAUUCAAAAGAUAUAAACGAUUAUCAAAGUACUACUAGUAAACAUCUGCUGUUUGGUGUUUCAUUCAAAGUUUCGAAAACAGGAGGAGGUGUCAGGAUUACAAGAAGGAAUGAAUUAUCAUAAUACAGCAUGGUUAUCAGGUUUAACUGUUGCAUUGUCCACACACACUAUUGCAUUGUCCGAAAACAAAGGUCUAUCUUUAUUUCAUUUCGUGAAAGAUAGAUUCUGUUUGGACUUUCAUACAACAAAUAACGUAUCAUGUUGACUCAAAUUCUCAAAGUUUCGAUCCAGAUAUUUCGCUGUUGAGGCGCUGAAAUAGUUUGGGAGAAUUUAAGAAAAUACAUGGUACUGCAUUUUUUGUUAAACCAACUACACCACGCCGAAUACUGUGCCACAUCGCCAGGCACAUGUGUUUCCCUAUGUACAAUGACAUUUUUUAUGUUUCCCUGUGUAUAAAGACAUUUUGGAAUUGAUAUUUUGAUACGCUGUGCCAAAAUGGACCACAUGAAAAUGUUGUAUAUUACAAUGACCUAGAUUUUGUAUGUACCUCGUGGUGUUCUUCGUGCUUGUUAUGUCUGUCUUUGUCACCAAAUAGGCCUACCGAUUGCUAAACAAGUGGUAUUUCUUUUUUUUCUUUUUUUUUUCUUUUUGAAUCUUUAAUCAAAUGUGAUAAAACAUUAAGUCACAGAAAAAAAUCAGUUAUAAACGUCUCAUAUUCGGAAAGGUUUAAGAAAAAGGGUAUCUAAACUAGUUUCUUAUCUUAAUCACAUGGACUUCAGUUGGAAACGAGUCCGCCGCGGACUAUUUUUUAUCAGUUGUUUUGUCUUGUUCUAGUCAAAUGUGUGUCUCGCUUUAGAUAUUAUAAGGUAUACAUACGUAGUUAUGUUCUUGCCGAUAGAAAUGAUUUGUCUUUAUGUUAUUUACGUUAGAUUAUUAUACAACUGUGAUAUUAUACGUUUCUAAAUGUUCGAUUUUGAUGUUAAAUAAAUUUGUAUGAAAUUGUAAAUAAAUAGUUUGCAUAAUC